UCUGUAUCUCUUUCUUUUCUCCUCUGCUUCGCCGCGGCAUACCAUCAUUCAGAAACGUCUGUUAACGUAUUUAUCUCUCCUUUCUUCCCCAACUUCCAAACUGUAUUCCUGGUUUGGAGAAUCGAAUGGAUCAUAAGGAACCCGAUCCAUUACCCAGACCCUUCCCCAUAAAGACCGGGAAGUCCUACCACCUAAUGGAUGGCCCCGCGCUCUCUUUGUCCCAAUCGACGAAGCUCGAAAUCCGCUUCUUCUACGUCCGAAUUGCGCCCUGCGUGAUCGGGAGUGUACCGGAUUAUCUCACUCUCUGCCACCCGUGUCGCGCAACCGGAAUGUCGCUCGAGAUCAAUGGCUCCCUCGUACACGCAUCAGAUGCCGCUUCCAUCGUCCUCCGCCGUGAACGCCUCGACCGAGAGUCGUCUGAGGUCACCUAUGUCUGCACGGACGCCAUGCGCGUAACCGGGGGUUUCGAAUUCGAGGUCUACGGGAACAAUGACCUGCUCCUGUGCGGUAGCCUGGAGAGGAUGGAAGGCACGUGGAGCAACCGGAGCGUAGGCGAUGAGAAAACCGGGUGGGAUAUGGACUGCUAUAUGGCCGUAGGGAACGGUUCCGGUUCAGGUUCAGGUUCUGGGUCGGCGUUUUUCCAGCCGAAGCUCGGUAUUUCGUCAACGUCCAUAGAGGUUUAUAUCGCUGGAUGUUGUGGGGGUGUGCCGGUUAUUCUGACCAAGACGAUUCAGUUGAGCCCCAGGAAGAAAAGCUCGAGGCUUGCGACGUUGGACGCCAUUCCAGAGGACAGGGAGGUCGGAAACGAUCACAAGGGUGGUGGUGGUGCUAAUAGGUUGGUUCGAAACAGAAAAUUUCAGUUUAUGGAAACAGAAGUUGAUUACGAAUCAGGUGGGAAAAUUGGAAACAGUUAUCUCUCUGAAGACGCAUAUACAGAGGAAGAUGGGGAGCUCCCAUGGUUUAAUUCUGGUGUUAGAUUUGGAGUUGGGGUUGGCCUUGGAAUAUGCAUUGGGUUUGGAAUUGGGGUUGGAUUGCUCAUGCGAUCGUAUCAAGCAACUACACGGAACUUUAGGAGGAGGCUUUUCUGAAAAUGGAUCUUCC